ACAACUAAAAGACUAAGACCUGUAAAUUCAGGGCGUCAUGAAAAGACCUACCUGGUCUCGGUUACCGCUGCUGACGACUUGACCAGACGACCAGACGACCAGCAGACGACCAGCAGACGAGAUGCCGGGGGCGGGUGCCAGGCGGCUGCUGAGCUGGAACCGCUUCAGUAGCGUGGAGAUGGAGGCCCUGUACCAGCGCUACGUCUUCAGGCUGCAGCAGGCGUCCAUGGCAUCGCUGGUCCUGCUGCUGACCGCUGUCUGUCUGGGCGUGGCCGUGCUGACCAGCAGCUACAGCCGGACCUACACGGCCUACAGCCUGUACUUGUACGGCCAGGGCCUCUUCUUCCUCGGCUGCUUCAUCUACAUCAGGACCCGUCAGCAGGAGCUUCACUUCAUGACCCUCAACUACGUCAUUCUCGGCUGUGUGGCCCUGCUAGGGGUCCUCAGCACCCCCCUGCCCUUUGGCCUCCCUGCGGCCGUGGACCAGUUCAAGGUCAGCAUGACGGAUGGCGCGUGGCUCGUGGCUUUCAUCAUCUACAACGUCUAUGGCCUGAUGGCCGUCAGGACGGUGGCCAAGUUUAUGCUCGGGGCCAUGUUAACCUUGACCCACUUGCUGGUGGCCUCGCAGACGUGCCGACAUUUUCCCGCGCUGCUCUGGCGUCAGCUUCUGGCCAAUACGAUUCUGUUCGUGUGUGCCAACGUGGCAGGCCUGUUCAUCCAUAACACGACCGACAGGACACAGAGGAGGACAUUUCAGGACACUCGGGACUGCAUCGCUGCAAGAUUGGAUAUACAAGACCAAAAUGAGAAACUGGAACGAAUAUUGAUGAGCGUCUUACCGCAACACGUAGCCAUGGAGAUGAAAAAUGACAUCACGACGCCACAUCACGGGAUGUUUCAUAAAAUCUACAUCCAGCUCCACGACAAUGUCACGAUUCUGUUCGCGGAUAUCGUGGGCUUCACCAGCCUCUCCUCCCAGUGCACGGCCCAGGAGCUGGUUCGGAUCCUUAACGAGCUUUUUGGUCGCUUCGACCAGCUGGCCAAGCAAAACAACUGCAUGCGGAUCAAGAUCCUGGGGGACUGCUACUACUGCGUCAGCGGCCUGCCCGAGGCCCGGGCUAACCAUGCGGCCUGCUGUGUGGAGAUGGGCCUGGACAUGAUCGACGCCAUCGCGAGCGUGUGCGACCAGACGGGCGUCAAGCUGAACAUGCGAGUGGGGCUACACACGGGCCGCGUCCUGUGCGGGGUCCUCGGCCUCAAGAAGUGGCAGUAUGACGUCUUCAGCAAUGACGUCAAACUGGCCAAUCACAUGGAGUCUGGCGGCAUCCCAGGGCGCGUACACAUCACGAGGGCCACCCUGGAGCAGCUGCAUGGCCAGUACGAGGUGGAGCCGGGCAAUGGUGGCCAGAGAGACGCCUACCUGCAACAGCUGGGGGUCGAGACCUUCUUCAUCAAGACCAAACACCCCCGCAAGCAGCACGCAGUCCUGCUACAGCGCGAGUGGACGGGCAUGCGGCCCCACAAGCUCUCCUUCAAGGGCGUGACCAACUGCGUCAUCCGGCUGAUGCAGUCGGUCAAGUUUAACGCCGAGAUCCCCUUCUCCGACGUGCUGUCUACGUCACAAUCACGUGACACCAUGCCCCACCAGAACCAGAAGCUCAACAGAACAAUGAUGUCAGAUGACACACAAGAUGGCGUGUCAAUCCAAGUGCAGGACUAUGGUGUGACGUCAGACAAACCAAACAAAGCACUAAGAAACAGGCAGGAGCUGGCCGAGUUACCUGCUGACAGGGUCAACAAAUACCUGUCGCAGGCCCUGACAGCCCGGAGCAUCGAGCGUGAAAAGUCCAACAACAUCCACUUUCUGACCUUGGCCUUCACUAGCCCGGACAAGGAGCACGGGUACCAAGCAACAGAAGAUCUGACGUUUGGCUGCAGUCUGGUGUGUAGUCUGGUCAUCCUGGUCAUGAUGGUGGCACUACAGGUAGUGAUUCUGCCGAGGACUUACCUGCUACUGAUGUUGUUUAUCAUCGCGUUUGCCUGGCCCUCGAUUAUCCUCAUUUUUAUUCUUAGCCUCAAGCUCAAGUGUACUGACGUUGACUUCACCAAGUGGGCUAGACUGCGGCUAUUCUUGUCACUUACGACUGUACUCAUCCCAUAUGUCAUGGUUCAACUCAAUGUGCUGUGUUGUAGCGGCGGGCACGGCCUGGACUUCCUUGAAGGUCUGAGCCUGAUGAACCAGGACCAGCACCUGACCUGUAGCGACCCCAACUACAUCGUCAUCUCAGGCAUCCUCUGCUUCUUCCUCCUCUCCCUCUUCAUCAAGGUCAACCCGCUCAUCAAGAUGGCCGUCAUGAUCCUCAUUGCCGCGGGGCACAUCGUCGUCAUGGAGAUCACCCACAAGUCACUGUUCCAGAAGUUUGAUCAGGAUGUCAGCUCCCUUGUGCCCGCUGACGUAACUGGGAUCCUCGCUUUCGUCAUCUUCCUGCUGGGCUUCACCUUACAGACCAGGGAGCAAGAGUGGACACUCCGGCUAGACUAUCUGUGGAAAACUCAGGCAGCAGAAGAAAAGUGUGGAAUGCAAGAAUUGCAAAGACAGAACUCCAGAAUAUUGUGCAAUUUAUUGCCUGAACAUGUUGCUAACCACUUCCUGCAACUGCAGACUACAAGUCAUAUGGAGCUGUACAGCCAACAGUACAACAAAGUGGGCGUGUUCUUCGCCUCCAUCCCCAACUUCUCCAACUUCUACGUGGAGCUGGCGGCCAACAACCAGGGGGUCGAGUGUCUGAGGGUGCUCAAUGAAAUCAUCGCAGACUUUGACGAGCUACUAGAUAGCCCAUACUUCUACGGAGUUGAGAAAAUAAAAACUAUCGGCAGUUGCUAUAUGGCGGCCACUGGACUUAAACCCACACACCUGGUCAAGGUGCGAGAAGAAUCCGUGACCUUCUAUCUGACUAUGGUCGUGGAUUUUGUGAUGGCCAUGAAGGAAAAACUGAAAAACAUCAACGAGAACUCUUACAACAAUUUCGAACUGAGAGUUGGUGUGAAUGUGGGCCCAGUGGUGGCGGGUGUCAUCGGGGCCCGCAAGCCGCAGUACGACAUCUGGGGCAACACCGUCAAUGUCGCCAGUCGCAUGGAGAGCACUGGGCUCUCAGGACGUGUGCAGGUGACAGAGGAAGUGUUUGCUGUGCUCAAAAACGUCUUCACCUUUGAAUGUCGCGGCAAGGUUCCCGUCAAGGGGAAGGGCGAGAUGGUGACUUACCUGUUGAAGGACCGGAUCGUUCCCAGAGACCCUAGCUGUAUCUACCCCCCUACCACCCCACCUGACAGUCCCCAGCCCAGUGGCACACCCACAUGCAGAUCUCUGGAAAGCUUGCCGCCUACUUCCGGACUCUCUCCGGUACCUUGUAUGACGUCACAGCAGACGGGAUCUAGCACAGAUCUGAUUUUCUCAGACACGCCCACAAACAGCCUACAUAAGAGGAGGCAAGCCUCAUUGGAUAGCCCGAACACGCCCACAAACAGCCUACACAAGAGGAGGCAAGCCUCAUUGGACAGCCCGAACACGCCCACAAACAGCCUACACAAGAGGAGGCAAGCGUCUGUGGACAGCCCCAGCGCACACAGACGUUCCCCGAGAAAGUCCAGCAGCGAAGCCAAGAGUCCCGAACUGCCUGCCGUCCACUUCUUCAAUGCCAAGAUGCAGCAGUCGCGUCCCAGCAGUUUUCAGGUCCAGAACUCGAUGUUCGACAGCCUCAAGACCCGAGGAGCUACAGCCCCCAGCCCAACCAGCCCCAAGUCGACGGUCAGUGAAGGCGCCCGUGCUGUCAAGACAAUGGCAAGCCCUUGUAUGGCUCGCAGCCACAUGGGCGCGGGGCUGCGUAAAGUCAACUCUGAGCCGAUAUGUAAGCCGCCAGCCGCCCCAUUCUCAAGCCCUCCUAAACAAGCCCCCAUUUAUAAGUGUGUCUCGCCAACCAGCAAGACACACUUGAAGCGAGUAGCAGAAGACACGGUCUUAGAGGAUGACACUUCUCGUGUGUCAACCAUGACACUCCCAUCUACGUCAGUCAUGGCGCCCCCAGUGCCCCCCAUGGCGCCCCCGACAGCCAGUCACGAAGAAGUCUGGUACAGCGAACUCUCCGAGUGCCUUUCGAGGCGCCAGAGUGCCAGAGAGACGAGCGACGAGCAGCUGGUCACGGGGGUCUACAGGGAACCCAUCGACAGGUGCCAAUCAGCCACGCCUUCUCUCAGAAGUACCGCCUCCUCGGAACAGACUGUUAUCAUACACGACGAUGUGUCUGAGACAUCAUCCUUACAUGGACCCGUGUCACCACGUAGUACCACCUAUGGCCAGGUGUCACCUCGUGUCACCACCCAUGGCCAGGUGUCACCUCGUGUCACCACCCAUGGCCAGGUGUCACCCCGUGUCACCACCCAUAGCCAGGUGUCACCUCGUGUCACCACACAUAGCCAGGUGUCACCCCGUGUCACCACCCAUAGCCAGGUGACUUUACGCGACACGCCCCCUGCUCUCAAUGAAAACGUUGUGGCCGGUGGCCUAAGGGCCAGCAUCAACGGUAAGACCAUGUCUUUACUGCCGGCAGAGGAGAGACCGGCAGGUAAGCCGGUUAACAACGUGAGGAACGGGCUGAGCCGGUUCCCGCGGGAAGUGAGCCGGAUGAACCGGCGCUCGUAUCCUUCUGCACCUACACACAAACCAGUGACGUCACCUACACACAAACCAAUGACGUCACCUACACACAAACCCGUGACAUACCUGUCCCCCAGACUCGAGACCUUCAACUUGAACUUCGUGUCAGACGACGAGUCCAUCUCGUCCCGUCCCCCCAGCGACCACUCCUCCGUCUUGUUCCUGACGCCCAUCCACCUCCGGCCCGCCCGCCCCGCCCCCCAGCAGCUUGAGCAGCUCCUCAGCUAUGUCGUGGCUUCCCCCUACAGCUCCUUGGACCGCUUUAGAUCUAGGUCGAGUGACACUAUAAAUAGCAUUCCCCGCUGCCCGCCCACGCCCAAGUUCCCCCAGCCCGAGACCUCCGCCUCGCUGAGCCAGCUGCUGCAGGAGCUGACAGACGAGUACGACCAGCCGCACCUCGACCAGCUCUUGUACGCCGACACCCCGGCCAGAGGGCGCAGGCCCCCCGCCCCCCGGGCCCGCGGCGAGCAGCGCAUGUCCAUCAACCCGUUCCAGAUCAAGCGCCGGCAGCCCCACGUGGCGCCGCCCCGACACUGUCGGAGCCUCGACUACAUCCCCAGCGACAGGGAGGACAACUCCCCGCCCCCCAGCUCGCCCAGGACCAGACACGCGUACCUGAUGCCGCUCAUCUUUGGGCCGGGCUCCCCCCGGGCGGAGCACACCAGCCUGAGCUCUCUGGCCAGCAGCAGCGCCCUGUCUGACGCCCUGCUCGACUCCAGCUCCACGGCCUGCGAGUCGGAGUACGACAACUACCGGCCAGGGCUAGCCAGCGACGACGACCUCUACGUCCUUGACCCCGUCAGUGAUGGCGACAUGUUUGAUGAAGUCAAUGUCGAUGACGUCACGGUCAGCGAUAAUUUCAGCCUGGACAUGCCGGUGCCGCGCUUUCAGAAAAAAAUCACUCAAGUUUAGGCCAUCUGUACGGCUGUCAACAGCUGUGUUAGGCCAUCUGUACGGCUGUGUACAGCUGUGUUAGGCCAUCUGUACGGCUGUGUACAGCUGUGUUAGGCCAUCUGUACGGCUGUGUACAGCUGUGUUAGGCCAUCUGUACGGCUGUGUACAGCUGUGUUAGGCCAUCUGUACGGCUGUGUACAGCUGUGUUAGGCCAUCUGUACGGCUGUCAACAGCUGUGUGAGCACAUUUCACACCUGUGUACACCAAGCCGUGUAGGCAACAUACAAACUUGUUACCCUUGAAGUGUGAGACUGAAAUGAACUGCUUAUUGAAUCAGUUGGAAACCAUAUUUCAAUCAGGGACAUUUCUUUUCGCGCGGCCAAAUAAAAAUCCAAGCAAUAUCGGUGCUGGCCAAA